AUGAAAAGAGCGACGAAUGAAGGGAUGUCGGGCAACGACGAUGAUAUCGGUGUUACAUACACUACCGAUUAUUUCGACAUCGAAUCAAGUCCUGAAGAACUACCAUCUCUUAUUGUAGACUAUGCUAAUAUGAUCAGAAACGACAUCAUCCUUCUAGAUAAUUCCGUUGAAACGCGAACUCGUAAGAGAGGUAACAUUAAAGUCGAAAAAUACAAAAAAGAAACAAUUGAUUUGGGCGAGGAAUACUUUCCAAGAUAUAUAGAAACAAAAAACUGCAGCAAGCGUCUUUGUCCGACUUCAUACAAUUGUCAAAAAAGUUUGUAUAAUAUAACAAUUUUGAAGAAAUCUGGUUACCCAAAUGAAGUAUCACCAGUGGAAGUGCCUCAUGAGUUAAAACGUCGCUGGGUAGCGAUAAGAUUACCAGUAACUAUAGGUUGUAUUUGCACAAGGGAUCAUGUUGAUAGCAAUUAA